GCUUAUAAUUUGUUCCAUGAAAAUGGCACUUGUUUACUUCGUGUCGAAGAUAACUCGCAUUCUAUCUCCCAACGGCCAUUUUAUUAAGAAUUCUCUACAUAUUCCCAGUAUCUUCCAACGUAGCCUAUGUCUAAGGACAGUGCUGACAUCCGUAAACUGUGGAACAGGAUCAAUAAGCCAGUUAUUGUCGAGAAACAACUCCAGCAACAUGAGUUAUAAUAAUUUCUCCGGGGACUUCCGUGAGGUCAAGCAUAAGAAACUCUCGCAGUCUGAAAAAGAAAGGAGGAAGGAAUAUAGCUGCGGGGAUAAAUUCGUCGAGCUAAAGAUGAUCCCUCCUUGGCCAGCCUUCUUUAAAGAAAACACUUACAACGUUCAUAAAGCUGCAGCCCCACAAAGCUUGGCGGAAAAAUACAAGAAUGAAUCUGAAUAUCAAGUGGACCCAGAAAUCAACGAGAAGGUGUCAGUCUUCUAUGGCGAUAUCACGAAAUUGGAAAUUGGUGCCAUUGUCAACGCAGCCAAUAACAGCCUGCUUGGAGGCGGGGGAGUCGAUGGUGCCAUCCACAGGGCAGCAGGACCAUUCCUGUUGAAAGAGUGCCAGACACUCAAUGGAUGUGAUACUGGUGAUGCCAAGAUCACAGGGGGAUAUGACCUUCCUGCACGUUACGUCAUCCACACUGUUGGGCCUAUUGGGGAGAAGCCGUCCAUGCUAGAACAGUGCUACCGGAGGUCCAUGCAGGUCGCAUUGGAGAACAAUAUAAGAACCAUUGCCUUUCCUUGCAUUUCUACGGGGGUGUAUGGUUACCCUAAUGAAAAGGCCGUACAGUUGGUCUUGCCAGUUGUGAGAACCAUGCUGGAGGCUAACAAGGAUAAGUUUGAUCGUGUCAUUUUCUGUCUUUUCUUAGAUAUUGACAAAAAACUAUAUAAUCGUUACUUGCCAAUAAUUUACCCCUUAAAGUAAGAUACUUAAAAAUACUUGUUGAUAUUGCAUAAUGUGUUAAUUUUACACAUAGGUCAUGGAGGUUAUUUGAAAUUUGCAGCUGAUUUUGUAAUGAGUUUGGAAGAAGAAAAGACAAAAUAAUGUCAGAAUUGCAUAUUUGAGGAAUUACUUAAUCUUACUACAUAAACAUGUAGAUUUCUUUUUUUUUUUUUUUUUUUUUUUUUUUUAAUUAAAGAUCCCAAAUCAUUUUCAA